CUUGCCUCGAUUUGCAAGCAUCUCAGUUUUUUGCAGCAAGAGCAUCACUUUUGCUCGCCUCAAACGCGGCCGCUGCAACUGCCUGGCACUCCCGCGUUGUUGUGGAGCUAGCGAACUGUGCGGAGCAAUCCUACGCCGAAGCUUGUGCAACGGCGGAAGCAAUACCGCUAGCACAAGCAAACACAAGAGCGGGAGCUGUAUCUACUCUGCGCAGAAGCAACAGCAACGAUGGCGCCGCGCCGCUUUGCAGUCCUGCUGCUGCCAGCCCUGUGUGCCGGAUUCAGGAGCCCAAGCUUCGCGCGCAAGCUGCCGCGCCUGCCCAAGGCCGAGACCGCGACGGCCGAAGCCACACCAGCAACAACAGAAAAGGUGAAACUCGUCGAGGGUUUUGGAGUGGGCAUCCGCCGCGACGUCAAGGCGCGCCUGCCCUUCUACAAGUCGGACAUAAAAGAUGGAGUUUCCGUGAAGAGCGUCUCCGCGCUAUUAUACUUGUUCUUCGCGUGCCUGGCGCCGGCCGUCGCGUUCGGCUCUGUGCAGGGCGCCACCACGAAAGGCGCCAUCGGAGCAGUAGAGUAUGUGGCUUCUACAGCGAUCUGUGGCGUCGUCUACGCGCUAGCAUCAGCACAACCGCUGACCAUCAUCGGUAGUACAGGACCGGUCUUAGCCUUCACGUCCGUGCUCUACGGUCUGUCGACGAAACUAGGAGUACCCUUCCUACCUCUAUACGCCUGGACGGGCCUCUGGUCCUCUCUAUAUCUGUUUCUCGGCGCGUUAUUUUCGACGUCCAAUGGUGUUACGUUAUUAACAAGGUUCACGGACGAGAUUUUUUCCAAUUUAAUCUCUACGAUUUUUGUCUACGAAGCAGCCAGAGAUGUGGUCUUCGGCGCGUUGCUGAAUCCGUCUAUGGCAGCAAGCGAGGCCUUUGCGGUGGCCGCGACGGCGUGCACGACGUUCGGGAGCGCGACGUGGUUAGCAGCUAGAAGGGGCGCCGAGUCGCUGAAGCGCGGCGUGCGGAACUUCCUGGCCGACUUCGCGCCGGCCAUCGGGAUCUGUUUAGGGAUUCUAGCCGGCGGCUGGUGCGGCGCGAGGGCGGGCGUGCCUCUACAAAAACUAGCGAUGCCCGCGACCUUUUCCACGACGUCGGGGCGGCCCUGGCUCGUGCCCCUGGGCGCCCUACCGGUCAAGUACCGCUGGCUGGCGUCGUUGCCGGCGCUCAUGGUCGCGGUGCUCUUGUUCUUCGGUUCUGGCCUGUGUGGAAAUCAACCAGUGAGUCGGGUGCACCCGACAAUUCUUCACUAAGUCAUUUCUCGGUGAUGACGCGGUCGUGCUGGCUCCGUCGAGCGGUGAGGAACCGGCAUCGCCACGCCAUCGAGCAGGCGUCGCGUCGAUGGCGUGGAGGACGACGCGAUGAUUCAGCACGAUCGCGCCGUAAAAUUUUGAUUUCCACACAGACCAGAACAUCACGGUGCGCAUCGUCAACGCGGAAAGUAACAAACUGAAGAAGCCGGUCGGCUACCACCAGGACCUGUUGGUCGUGUCUUUAUUAGCAGCGGGCUGCUCCGUCGUCGGCUUCCCCUGGCUCGUCGCGGCGACGGUGCGCAGCAUCAAUCAUGUGAGGGCCAACUCCGUCUACGAGGACGUGAUCCAGGAGGGCGACUGCGAAAGCAGCUUGGAGUUCGUGGGCUGCAAGGAGCAGCGGGUUACUGGUUUAGCUAUCCACGCGGCGAUCGGCGGAGCUUUACUGUUCGGGCGGAAGACGCUCGCGAGGACGCCGAAAGCUGCUCUGAUGGGCCUGUUCCUGUACUUGGGCACGUCGGCGCUGAAGGGCAACCAGAUGUUCGCGCGCAGCACGGAGUUGCUCGGAGGGCCGCUCGUGGACCUCGACGCGCUCGACGCCUCGCAAAGCAAAGCCAAGGACCGGCCCUGGGCCGCCGUCCCGAGGAACGUGACGCGCGGCUUCACGUUACUACAAAUCGGGCUGCUGGCGUCGAUGAUGCUCCUGAAGAACUCGCCGCUCGGCGUCGGCUUUCCCAUCAUCAUCGCCGCUUUGGGGCCCCUGCGCUCCUUGAUGCUGAAGACGAAGCUCGUCAAGCCCGAGGAGAUGGCCCUGUUGGACCAGGACUAGGAGCCCUUCCCCGUUGCACAUAAAAACAUCGUUAUUCAA